CUCGGAUGACUGAGAGACAACACUCCGGAAACGAUGCGCCUUGCAGCCCUUUCGGUGCAGUACCCCGCGACUAGGGCCCGAACCGUUCGUUGAUGCGGGGUGAUCGGCUGCAGGAUUGCCACAAUGGGUAAACCGUGGUGCUUUCAUGAUGAACACGUGAUUUGUACCGCGUCUCGAAGAGCGAAUCGCGGGCUCGCGGAGAACAGAUGUUGGCAAUGUCUAUAGCCGGCAUGGCGUGAGGUGGUGAGCUUAAAGACGACGAGGCCCUUCCAUAUCCUCCAGGUUGGUCUCGAGAGCUGGUGUGAGCAAGAGAGGGUAUAACUAGAUAUAUUCGACCCGCAAGUACACCCCUCAUUUAAAACGAAAGAAAGAGCAGCCUACCGUCAAAUGGCAACUGGAAAUAUGAACGCUGUCCGGUUCCACGGGAAGACCGAUUUGCGAUACGAAGAGAUUCCAAUUCCAGAAGUAAAGCCAGGCCAAGUCAAGAUCAAACCAGCCUGGGUGGGCAUAUGUGGAAGUGACCUGCACGAGUACCUCGGUGGUCCAAACCUUUGUCCCACAACACCGCAUCCGAUUACAGGUGAAAAGGUUCCUGUGACGUUCGGACACGAAUUCAGCGGCGUCGUCGAGGAAGUAGCCGACGACGUGAAAGACUACAAGAAAGGUGAUCGCGUUGUUGUGCAGCCCAUUAUCUACGAUGGGACAUGCGCUGCAUGUGAAGAGGGUCUGCAUAACUGCUGCUGGAGCAACGGCUUCAUCGGACUUUCUGGCUGGGGCGGUGGACUGGCAGACCACAUCGUAGUUCCGACCUCGACUUUAUACCAUCUCCCCGACAAUGUUCCCCUGGAGAUUGGUGCACUUGUCGAGCCGCUAGCAGUCGGCUGGCACGCCGUCAAAGUCAGCCCGUUCAAAAAGGGCGACGUCGUAUUGAUCCUCGGAGGUGGCCCGAUUGGCAUCUCGACCAUCCUGGCAUUGAAAGCGAAAGGAUGCGACAGAAUCAUCGUCUCUGAAGUCUCACGCAAGCGACAAGAGUUCGCAAAGAUGUUUGGCGCAGACUAUAUCGUUGACCCGACGAAGGAUGACGUCCCCAAGCGCUGCAAAGAGCUGAGUGACGGCAAGGGCGUCCACAUCGUGUACGACUGUGCGGGCGUGCAGUCAGCAUUAGAUCAAGCUGUGCAUGCCACACGGCCUCGAGGCUGUAUUCUGAACAUCGCCAUCUGGGAGAAGCCAUGCACGAUUACCGCGAACGACUUCAACUUCAAAGAACGUAUGUAUAUGGGUAUUGCGACGUAUGAGGUUGGCGAUUUCCAAGAGGUGAUUGACGCGUUAUCGUCAGGGAGCAUGAAGCCUCAUCAGAUGAUCACGCAGAGGAUCAAGCUGACGGAGGUGGAGGAGAAAGGGUUCAAGUCACUGAUACACGAUAAAGACAAUCAGGUCAAGAUCUUGGUUGAGGUUGGGGGUGGAGAUUGAACGGUGCAAACGAGGUGUAUGGAUGAUUAAGAGUACCUUGAUGUCGCAUUAGCGUUUACAUAGCCGUAAUCUGAUAGGCAGAAAUG